AUGUCCAUUUCAAAUGGAAAAUUGGGAGAAGACUUUCUCUGGAUCCUGAAGCUAGCUGCUGAUGGGAAAAAUUGGAUGAUGUAUAAGGAGUGUCUACAAUGGUUGAUAGACGCUCAUGGAUUGCUCGGCCACUUGGAUGGCACAGAGCAAAAGCCAACAGACCCGCAGACCCUUCCCAAUUGA